GUCUCCUCAAUCAAACCCGAAUGGAAUAAAACCCCCCUCCUCCCCCCCCUUCAUUUCGCUCCUCAAGAGAAGUCCACCUAAAGACUACUUGUCUUUGAAAAACCUCUCCCGACCCCUCUCCUCUUAUCAUCAACCAGAACCCAAAAGGAUGCAAACGACAAGCAUGUCGCGAGCAUCGCUAGCCCUCCUUGCGGCGGCGCUUCAGCUCCUGAGCGCCGCCGGAGGCGCCGCAUCGUACCCGGACAUCCAGCACCUGGACGUGCAGGAGGCCCUCGCGGCCACGAACGCCCUCCCUCCCAAGAUAAACGAGUACCACGACUUCUUCAACAAACACGAUCUGAGCGAGAGCGAGGGCGAGCAUGGAGGCGGGUACAAGCUGAGUCUGUUUCACAGAGACAGAUUACCUUCCGCCAGCUCCCACGGCGGCUCUCAUUCCCGCCGUUUCCAGGACCGGAUGAACCGGGACGCCUUGCGGGUCGCCGGGGUCCUCCGCCGAUUGUCCGGCGACGUAGCCGUCCGCUCGGGCGGCGGGGCCGGCUACGAGGCGGUGGAGGACUUCGGGUCCGACGUGGUCUCCGGCAUGGAUCAGGGGAGCGGGGAGUACUUCGUGAGGAUAGGAGUCGGGAGCCCGGCGAGGAGCCAGUACAUGGUGAUCGACUCCGGCAGCGACAUUGUGUGGGUGCAGUGCCAGCCCUGCAACCAGUGCUACCGCCAGUCCGACCCGGUCUUCGACCCGUCCGCGUCCGCAUCCUUCUCCGGCGUGCCGUGCGGCUCCACCGUCUGCGACCGGCUCGAGAAUGCGGGCUGCCGCUCCGGCCGGUGCCACUACGAGGUUUCCUACGGCGACGGGUCCUACACCAAGGGCACCAUGGCAUUGGAGACCCUCACCUUCGGGCGGUACGUGGUCGGCAACGUGGCGAUCGGGUGCGGCCACAUGAACCGGGGCAUGUUCAUCGGCGCCGCCGGGCUGCUCGGCCUGGGGGGCGGUUCCAUGUCCCUCGUGGGCCAGCUAAGCGGGGACACCGGCGGGGCCUUCAGCUACUGCCUGGUUACCCGGGGCAAAGCUGCCGCCGGGUCGUUGGAAUUCGGGCGCAGGGCCAUGCCUGUCGGCGCCGUGUGGGUCCCCCUGAUCCAUAACCCGCAGGCGGCGAGCUUCUACUAUAUCGGCCUCGCCGGCCUCGGCGUCGGCGGCAUCCGGGUGCCCAUAUCCGAGGACACCUUCCGCCUCGAUGUUGGGAAUGGAGGGGUCGUCAUGGACACGGGCACCGCCGUGACCCGGUUCCCGGCGCCCGCUUACACAGCGUUCCGCGACGCUUUCCUAGCCCAGACGACGAACCUCCCGCGGGCCACGGGGGUGUCCAUCUUCGAUACCUGCUACAACCUGAAUGGCUUCGUGACGGUGCGGGUCCCGACCGUCUCGUUCUACUUCUCGGGCGGGCCGAUGCUAACGCUCCCGGCAACGAACUUCCUGAUCCCGGUCGACGACGCCGGCACGUUCUGCUUCGCGUUCGCCCCGUCCUCCUCGGCGCUUUCCAUCAUUGGGAACAUACAGCAAGAAGGGAUACAAAUUUCUAUUGAUGGAACCAAUGUUGGUUUUGGUCCCAACACUUGCUGAGUAAAUAUGUAAAGUAAGUUAUUGGGUGAAUUUUGCUAGUCUUAGCCUUACUGUAUUAUUGGUAGAGUGAAGUAUAUAAGAUGAGAAGUGGUGUACUAGCGUCUCCUUGUGGGGGCGUUUAUGCAGUGGGUGUGAGCUAGAGAUCGAUAUAGUGUAAAAGCAAAAUUUAACUCCCACUUCACUAAAGUCAGAAUUCUGUCUUUGCUUUUUCUUUAAUUUCAUCAGAGAGAUAAAGAGAGAGCCAGUUAACACUGGGAGAAA